UAUAUUUUGAAAUCCAAAUGUGGUUACACUGAUUACUAGUACCAUAUGACUUUUCCAAGAGACGCGAAAAUUACAUAGAGAAUUAGGCAAUUCAAUUGUACAUAAUCGCUUCGUAUCGAUGUUGUAGCAGCGCCCAAAAUGGCGGGCAUCCCGGGUGAAUUCGAUGAGACGGUGGUCAAUCAGUUUAGCUGCAAGCGUUGCGACCGCACGUUCAAAAGUAAACGCGACCAAACGUUGCACCGUCAGGAGGUGCACAACCACAACAAAACUACCUAUGAGUGCAAGUUGUGCUCCAAGAGUUUCUGCAACAGCGGCAACCUGGAUCGCCAUAUGAAGGUGCACAACGAUGUGCGACCAUUUGUUUGUAACUUAUGCUCCAAGGCCUUUGCACAGGCGGUUAAUCUGCAGCGACACUAUGCCGUGCACAGUGGCGAGCGUCCAUAUCAAUGCAACUUUUGCAACAAAUCCUUCACGCAGCAGAGCAACAUGAAGCGCCACAAAAUGACACACACCGGCGAAAAACCGUUCCGAUGCCAGAGAUGUGGCCGCUACUUCUCACAGUUGGUCAACCUGAAGAAGCACAAGUUGGGGCAUCUAAAUGCCAAGCCUUAUCAAUGCAACUACUGUGAGAAGGGUUUCACUCAGCUCUCCAACUUCAAACGACAUCUGCAGUCGCAUAUCAAGGAAGGCGUCGACGUGGAUGUACCCGGUGCAAUACAAGCAGCUACGGCCAUGGCGAGGGAGCGUCUAGAGGCAGAGCAGAAACCAAGUUUCUUUGAGUGCAUGGUCUGUCGUGCCAUUUUCGAAACGUUUGGCGACUAUGAGAAGCAUGAAGUCAAAUGCCAUGAAGACCAUGAACGGGCCCAGAUAGAGGCUAAUCAAAUACCGCAUAUGCAUACGGACGAUUACUUGCCCAUGAAGUUUUCGGUGCCUGAUCUGGAUACGCACGAGAUAAUUAUUGAGACUACACAUUAGAGCCACCCAACACAUCCAUAAAUACAUACGCCCACGAUCACAUACUAAAAUCUACAUCCACUACAAUCGAGAGUAAUCAUUUAUGAACGCUGCUGCAUCUGCAUGAACUUGUUGAUGUACAAGUCCUUGAGCUACAUACAUACGUCGUGCAAUAUGCAGCAACUACAUAUUUCUUCUUCUAUAUACUAUAAAUAAAUGCAACACAUUAAAAGCG